AUGAAUAUUAGUUAUAAUUCUUUGAUUAAACAAGAAGAUUUUAUCAAUGAAACAAUAACUAAAAAUGGACGUACAUUUAAUGAAUAUUUACAUGAUUCAAAUUUAACUGUUACAAAUAUGAUUAAAAAGUAUGAUAUUUCAACAUUAGAAAAUAAUCAAAAUGAAAAGAAAAAAUAUGAAAAAAAAGAUCUACGAUGUACGGUAUGUGGAGCCAGAGCGUUUGGAUAUAAUUUUGACCAAAUAACAUGUGAAAGUUGUAAAGCAUUCUUUCGAAGGAAUGCUCUGAAAAAUAUGAGUGAAUUACAUUGUCGAGCUGAUGGAAAUUGUAAUAUAACAUUAGAAAAUCGACGACAUUGCACAUAUUGUCGUAUUAAAAAAUGUUUUUCUAUAGGUAUGAGAAAAGAAUGGAUAAGAAGUGAAGAAGAAAAGAAUAUUAAACGAACUAAAUUAGAAGUUCAUAGAAAACUUAAACAAUCAUUACAGAUGCCAAUUAUGAAAAACCCAAAUGAUAUCAAUUUUAAAACAAUAUUAAGUUCAACGGAUAGAAUGCGACUGAAUAAUAUAACACAUUGCUAUGAUCAAUACACUGGUGAACCGAGUAUAAAUGGAUAUUGUGCACCAAAAGAAUUUCUUUUUUUAAAUUUACAUGAUUUCUAUAAUCGAAAGAAACCGAUCAUAGUCAAUUUCGUAAAUUAUUUUAAACAUUUACCUGAAUUUCAACAAUUACAUGUCGAUGAUCAAGUUUUAUUAAUUAAACGUAAUUUACAUUUUCUACUACCAAUCAAUUAUGCCUUAUUAAAAACACCAAUUCAUUCACAAUUUCGUUAUACAAAGGUUCAAACAAUUGGUUGUGUCGAUAAUACAAAUUUACACUCAAUGUAUCAAGUCUUAUCGAAUAAUUUUGUUCCAUUUGUUGCAUCGGAUGCACUUGUUAUUAAACUAUUAACAAUAGCAUUAUUUUUUACAACCAAUUCACAAGCAAUAGAUAUUGAUACAACGGAAUAUAAACAAUUAGAAUAUAUCAAACGAGUUCAAUCGAGUUAUAUCGAAUUAUUAUGGUUAUAUAUGUACGGAAAAUAUGGUGAAGUAAAAGCUAUAAAGUUAUUUACAAAAAUUAUAACUAAAGUUUUACAUUUACAAUUUAUAAUGGAUCGAAUUGAUACAGUCAUACGUUUAAAUAAUGAUAUACAAUAUCUAGAUUCACUUAUGAAAACUAUUUUACAAUUGACUUGA